UAGUUGGCGAAAUUGUUGAAACGUGUGAUUUGAAACCUAUAGGGAUUCAGAUAGUGAAGGAAUGUGCACAUUUACCCAUUGCUAUUACUACUGUUGCUAAGGCCUUACGAAAUAAACCUUCAACCCCCAUUUGGAAAGAUGCUUUAGAUCAACUAAAAAAUCCUGUGACGGUAAAUAUUAGAGAAAUGGACAAGAAAGUGUAUUCAUCGCUGAAAUUAAGUUACAACUACUUACAAAACAAAGAGGUCAAAUUACUAUUUUUGCUUUGUAGUAUAUUUCCAGAAGAUUUUCUCAUUAAGGUUGAAGACUUGCAUGUAUUCGCUGUGGGCAUGGGUUUACUGCAUGGUGUCGACACAGUGGCACAAGGACGAUGUAGGGUAACAAAAUUGGUUGAUGAUCUUAUAUCUUCUUUGCUUUUGCAAUAUGAAGGUGGGGACACUUACGUGAAAAUGCAUGAUCUAGUUCGUGAUGUAGCCAUAUUAAUUGCAUCGGAUGAUGAUCAAAUUCGUACAUUGAACUACGUUAAUAGAUCGAAAGAAUGGAAAGAAGAGAAAAUAUCAGGUAAUCAUACCGCAGUGUAUUUAGAUGUUAAAGGUUUGCAUAGUCUUCCUCAGAAGUUAAUGUUACCAAAAGUCCAAUUAUUAAUGUUACGAGGAGCAGUGUUCGAGGAACGACACGAGUUGGCACCAACUUUUUUCGAAGAAAUGAAAGAGGUCAAAGGUUUAGAAUUGAAUCGGAUGAAAGUUUCUGAAUCGCCACCAUCGCUUUACUCCUUUGCAAAUGUUCGAUUAUUACAUUUGAUUGAUUGUGAAUUAGGGAACAUAGACAUGAUUGGUGAGUUAAAAAGACUUGAAAUCCUCAGUUUUAAAGGAUCUAACAUCAUCCAAAUUCCUUUGGAGAUAAGUCAACUAACUCAACUGAAAGUGUUUGAUUUAUCAUCUUGUAAUCGACUAGAAGUAAUUCCACCAAAUAUUCUUUCAAGGUUGACAAAGCUAGAAGAGUUAUAUUUGGAAACUUUUGGCAGAUGGGAAGGAGAAGAAUUGAACAAAAAAAGAAAGAAUGCUAGUCUAUCUGAGCUCAAGUACUUGCCACACCUUUGUAGAUUAAAUUUAUGGAUUCAAGAUGAAAAAAUUAUGCCAAAACAAUUGUUUUCGACAGAGUUGAAUUUAGAAAAGUUCAACAUUGCUAUCGGUAUUGAAUCUAGGAUGGUUAUGCACAAAGGGUUCUCUAGAACGUUGUAUCUGAAGAUGGAAUCAGGAAGUUGUUUGGAUGAUUGGAUAGAAAUACUGCUAAAGAGGUGUGAAGAGCUGCAAUUAGUAGGAUCAAUUGGUGCAAGAGUUCUAACCUUUGAGUUAGUUGAAAAUGAGUGUUCACAUUUGAAGCAUCUCCACCUUUUUAAAAAUCGAGAAUUUCAACAUUUAAUCCACCAACAGAACAAGCCUUUACGAAAAACUUUAUCCAAUUUGGAGGACCUACAACUUCGCUGUUUGGAGAAUUUGGAAAGUAUAAUUGAUGGGCAUGGGCAUGUCACAGAACUUGCUUUCAACAAGUUGAGGAGUGUAGAUGUGGAGUAUUGUCAUAAAAUGGGAACUCUGUUUUACAACUGCAUGGUGGAUGACAUUUUGAAUCUUGAAGACAUUUUUAUUUAUGGGUGUGAGAUGUUGGAAUAUUUGAUCACUGUGACGAUGGAAAGCAAAGAGACAACCGCCACUAUUGAGUUUCCGCACUUGAAAUCUUUAGAGCUACGUUUCGUACAACGGGUUCGAGGUUUCUGCUCCAAAAUGGAUCAAAUUGGCAAUGAGAGUUCAUUCUUCAGUGAAGAGGUAUUGAUUCCUAAUUUGAGGGAUUUGACAAUUACAAGGGCGGACAAUUUGAAGAUGAUAUGGCACAACGUACUCGUUCCUAAUUCAUUUUCCAAACUCGAAACGGUACAAAUUGAGUCAUGCAAUAAUAUUGAAAAAGUUUUCCCUCCAAAUAUAAUGAGCGUACUAUCCUGCCUUAAAUCCUUAACCAUUCGGGAUUGUAAAUUAUUGAAAUGUAUAUUUGAAGUGCAAGAGGCCAAUACGAGAGAAAAAAGUAUUGAUUUGCUCUCAAAUUUGAGGGAUUUGAUAUUAUAUAAUUUGCCAAGCCUAGAGUAUGUAUGGAGCAAGGAUUCUUGUGAGCUAUUGAUUUUUGAAAAUAUAAAAGUCUUGUCCAUUGAAGAAUGUCACAAGCUUCAAAGAGCAUAUCCAAUCAAAUUUCUUAAGCAACAAGAAUACCUACGGAUAGAUUUCAACCAAUUGAAAGAGACUCUUGAGAAGGCAAAACUAUCAGUACAUUCAAAUCAAUUUCCGACUUUCCAGGCUGGGACUACACAAUUACAAGAUGGUUUGGAAUUGUUUUCGAAGCUGAAAUCUCUGGAACUAUAUGGUUCUUUUGAGUACAACUCAACUCAUUUGCCAAUAGAAAUUGUACAAGUACUACACAAUCUUGAAAGCAGGAAGGAUGUUUAUUAAAGAAAUAUUCCCAAAUGAGAGAUUGAUGAACAAUACAAGAUUUGAGCCUUUGGAAUUGGUUCUAUCCAAAUUGCCCAAGCUUAUGCAUUUCUGGAAGGAUGAGCUCGAGAGCAGUUCAUCACUUCGAAAGUUGCAUCGCUUAAGCAUAUCAGGAUGUGGAAUAUUGGAUAUGUUAGUGCCGGCGUCAAUGUCUUUUGCAAACUUGUCCAUGCUUGAGGUGAAUAAAUGUCAUAGACUGACUCAUUUGCUAAAUUCUUCGGUGGCAAGAACCUUGGUGCAUCUUGAAUUGUUGUAUUUAGGAGAAUGCAAAAGGAUGACGACUGUAAUUGCAAGAGAAGCUGUUGAAGAAGGAAAUGAUGAAAUUGUUUUUGACAAAUUACAAACUUUAGAACUUGGGGAUUUGUCCAAAUUGACCAGCUUUCAUUCUGGGAAAUGCACCAUCAGAUUUCCAUGCUUGAGAAUAGUAAAUAUUAAGAGUUGUCCUGAAAUGAAAGCCUUUUCUCCUGGAAUCACAAGCACGCCUAACUUACAAGUUGGAGAUAUUAACAUUGAAGGUUCUUUUAGCCGGCAUGGAUCACGUUCAAAUGGGCAUGUAAAGACAGAAGUUGUCGAAGAUAUCAAUGGUAUUAUCCGACAAGUUUGGGAGGACGAUUAUGACGAUGAGAUUCAAUAUCUGUUUACGGAAAUUAAAGGUUUUAGUUCUUAAUUGGAGAAAAUGGAUGAUUAGAAAAACAGACUUUCUUUGGAAGAUUAUAAGCCACUAUUAUGAGAUUGAUCUCACGUUCCUUCGCCAAACUCAAAAAGGAAUUCGUACAUGGUAUGGAAAAGCUGAAGGCAUGCAUGGAGCAAAGAUUGCAAUGGAUUGAAGGAGAUUUUUUUGGGGAUAGAAAGGCCAGAAGAGUCCUCAAAAGAAGAUGAAGGACAACCAAUUGCAAUGUCCAUAACAUCCAGAUCAAAAAUUAAAUGGAUCAUUCAUCAUUUUAAGAAUUUAUACACAAUAGAGGGAAAAUGGCAAAAGCUGAUGGAUGGUUGAAAAAUUGGGGGGCUAUAAUAUUGCAGAAUUGGGGAAGAUGUUGGAUAAUUCAUUUGGGGUGAUUGAAGAUUUACUCUUAUUAAUUUCUUGUUCUACCUAUCAUCUCAUCAACCGCAUUCCAAUACUCAUUGCAAUGCGGAAAACUUGGACUUGGACCAUUUUAUGAUUCAUUACCCUUUGGCUUUCACUUCCACUAUUUGGCAUCUUCUAUUUCUAUUUCAAUCCUUCCCCAUUGAAGAUUUUUCUAGACAAGUGCACCCGAGGAUUUUCUUAUGGUAUAAUAAUGCCUUUGGAUAUAUUCUUUGAACCAUGGUGGGAGAGGAACAACCGUCUUUUUUGGAUGUCUCCAGAUAAACCAGCCAUCUUUGGGGAGACAUUAAAAACGGCAGCUUCUUUGUGGUCAUGAAAAUCACGUUAUUUUUAUAAUUAUGAUAUCUCAAUCAUUUACCUUUAUUGGAGAGCUUUAAUCUAGCUUCCUCUCUUUUGUGGAUAUACCUUCUUUUGUCUUUUUUAUCGGAAAAAAAAAAGUGCAUUCCAAUAUUAAGUUCAAGAUGGCAGAUGUAUACCUAUAUUGUUAAUUAAAAUGGAACAACCAGAAGUUAUCUGUAAAUUCUGGGAUGUUUUGUACUAUCAUGGACAAAACCAAAGAGUUUUUAUUACAUAUAUAUGUACAUUUCGGGCAAGAACAUUAGUGCAACUUGAAAUUUUGGUUUUGGAAGCAUUCUCAUGGUGUAAACUAUGUAGAUAUUGAGAAAAUUAUCCUGAAAUGAAGGAUAAAGCAAACCUUAUUUUGCUUUUGCUUUACUGAUGAUAUG